UUGCCUGAGCUACACAGGAGUUCAAUGACAGUGACUUCAUUUAAAAGGUGUAGGGGCUGGGUGGGAUCUGGACACAGGCCUAGACUGCAGCUACUGGAGAUGGAGAGAUUGGGUGAUGCCUUUACAAGCUAAGGAACACCAAGGAUCUAAGUGACCACAGAACUUGGGGACAGCUCUGGGAAUCACAGGAGCCCACACUUGGUCUCAGGCUGACAGCCUCUGGAACCACAAAGGCAGAGACUUGUGAAUAUGAAAGUUGAUCCCUGGUCUGUGUAUCACUUUGUCAUGGCAGCCCUAGAAGUGUCAACCAUCAGUUUUCAGAACUGCAGGGGAAUCUGGGAUUGCGGGCUCUCCUCUGUCUUGGCUCUGCUCCUAUAUUCUACCCAUCAGGUUUUAUCAAGCCCCCAAGUCAAGCACCAGCGAGGACCUUGGCUGAGGCUGUUACCAAAGCAAAGUAACUUGCAGAGGGCCAGGGGAGAGGCUGACGUGUGGGCUCCUUUCCCUUCUCCGCCUGUAAUGGGUGCUCCCUUUUGAGAGCCAAUUGGAAGCCACUUCUGCAUGUCCAGAACAGAGCUAGGAAAGUGGGUGGUAUGCAAGAGACAGAGAGUGAGAGGGAGCAAACAUACACAGACACAAACGUGCAGGGUAUACAGGGCAGUCACACAGGAUUGGCAGUGGUGGCCUGCAGAGCUGAGAUUCCAGCCUGGACAGCAGCAGGCUUCUGCAUAGUAGGAUGUACCCUAGAGGUAGUUCUGGGAGUCCACUCUAGAAACCUUGAGGAAAGCUAAGAAGUGACAAACAGGGAAAUGCAUGGAGCUGAAGCCUCCUCCACUGACCAGUGCUUCUCAGGUAUGUGGGGGCAGACAGGUGAGGCAUCCUUCAAGCUCAGGGCCUCCUGAUGCCCUUGAGCCCACAUCCACAGCAGUCUUCAUGGGCUUGUCCUCUGUAAGGCACCUUGUAGGUCCAGCUGCGGGCAGGGAGCAGUAGCCAGGAAGGACCUGACCCCUUUGGCCGGACAUGGCGACAGGUGUGCUGAAAGAUGAGCCAUUAAACACGAUCCUGCGCUCAGGGAGGGGGGGAGCAGCUCGGUUUCAGCCCCCCGAGUCUACAAGCAUGACUACGCAGCUUUAUAUAGCUCCGUAAGCCCUAUAUAAGCUGGAAUUGAAGUCUCUGUCAAGACAGAAAAGCCUACACACUGAUCUGGUCUGGUCAGCGUAUUCCUCAUCUGCACCCACACUCUGCAAUAGGGUCCCAGAGGGGCAGCCCACCCCGACCCCCAGGAUGCCCAGCAGAACUGCCCGGUAUGCUCGUUAUAGCCCCCGACAGAGGCGACGGCGGCUGUUGGCUGAUCGCAGUGUGCGUUUCCCUAAUGAUGUCCUCUUCUUGGACCACAUCCGUCAAGGCGACCUGGAGCAGGUGGGGCGCUUUAUCCGGGCUCGGAAAGUCUCCCUGGACACUAUCCACCCUUCAGGCCUGGCUGCGCUGCAUGAAGCCGUGCUCUCUGGAAACCUGGACUGUGUGAAGUUGCUGGUCAAAUAUGGAGCUGACAUCCAUCAGCGGGACGAGUCUGGCUGGACACCCCUGCACAUAGCCUGCAGCGAUGGGUAUCCUGACAUAGCCAGGUACCUCAUCUCUCUGGGGGCAGACAGAGAUGCAGCCAACGAUGAUGGCGACCUGCCCUCCGACCUCAUCGACCCGGACUUCAAGGACCUAGUGGAACUCUUCAAAGGAACCAGCAUGGACUGAUCCAGCCCUGCCUUUGGGGAGCUUGGGCGACCCAGGAGAAGCACUUUGCCCCAGGGUGUGCCCCCUUCACGCCCAGCCAGGCAGCCCAGGCUGGCCAGGACUUGUCAUGGGGCACGACCCCUGCCCCUAUACCCAUUUCUUGGCCUGGCUUUUUCUCAGGUCAAUUUUUUUUUUUUUAUGGUGAUACUUUUUACUUUUUCAAUAAACAUGAUUCCCAAGCCUGUGAUGACUGAUCAGCGGGGUCCGGGGCAAGCCGCGGCCAUGCACGCUGGGCUGGGCGGUCAGUCUUCCGGAAGCUCCUCGCCUGGGCCGCUUCUUUUCGGGGGCGGCCCUGUCCCCAUCUUCCCAGUCCCUGGUGUCCUUCCUCCCACCUGCGGGAACCCCCACCCCCAGGACUCCCCCAUCCCGCCUCCGCUACGACCAAACGCCACCCUGAACGCCGGCGGUCACGUGACCGGUGCAGUUUGCGCCUGCGCAGU